AUGCUUCCAACUUCGGAAUUGAAAAUUCAAAUUAAUGAUGAACCUCUUGCUGCGAAUAAAACUGGUUCAAGACAAUCUAUAUACGAUAUACUAUCGGACAGUCCAGUGUACGAAGAAUCAGAAUUUAAUUUUUGCAAGUCGGAACUUCGCAAAUCGUCUUCACUCAAAACAAAUAAAACUCCUCCUGGAACGCCUCGGCGUAAAAAGGCUGUUAGAUUUGCAGAUGCAAUGGGGUUGGAUCUCGAAGAUGUUCGGCAUAUUUUGAAUUUGGAAGUACCACCUAAGAUCCCUGCAUCUGCGAUGAAAGACCUACGUGUGGGAAUAGAGGAUGACCGUCCUAAUGUUGGAACUAGAUUUUUAACUCCCCGGUUCAGUCAGCCUGGUGCUGACGGAAAGUUUACACAACGUGUAAUAGCUCAGAAAAUAUGUCUCGAAAACGCUGUGAUAACGGAUAUGACUAUAACGGGGGUUGUUAGGGUUGCCAAUAUUGGGUUCCACAAAGCUGUGCGUAUACGAUUCUCCACAAAUAAAUGGAUAUCUUUUCAUGACAUUGCCGCAUCUUACGUAAUCAAUUCUUGUGAUGGUGCAACUGAUCGCUUUUCAUUCAGUAUUGUCGCUCCAAUGGAAUUGGGGGUUGGAUCAACCUUGGAAUUUGCAGUUUCCUACACUGUGAAUGACAAAGUAUAUUGGGAUAAUAAUAAUGGAGCUAAUUAUGUGUUUGAGUGCUUCGCAAAAACUAUUCCGAUGGAAAACGAUAGUUAUUGGAUGCAUUUUUUAUGA